CGACGUUGACACAGAUCAAAUGACCCUUUCGCCUUUUACUAAAGAGUCCUGUGUGUGAGCGUCACAACGUGGAAUUGUCAAUUUUUUGCCACUUCAUCUUUUAGAUGGAAAUUACAAUUUAAAGGAAGAAAACAUUUUGAACAUUAGGGAAUUGUCUAGUAAAAUCAUUAUAAAUUUGUGAGAAACCAUUAAACUGCCUAGGAAAUGUCGUAGGAAAAUGUUGUCUUGACGAAAUAAGCUCUUACUGGCAUGUUGUGAGAAGCCAUUGCAUGGAAGCAGCAGUUGGAAAGGUUGCGGUGACGUGCGGAUCGGCAAUAUGCUCAAUGCGUGAACUGGACGGGCUGUUUGUAGAUUUCUGAAAGAAGCGAUUGGCAACGGUAAAACUCUUGCCGGCCUUUUGUCUGCAUGUGGUUUGCAAAGACGUACAGCGCAGUCCAGGCUGGGAGCAUUGACGGGACCGACACGACGCCGCAUGAUCACGGCAUUGCACGCGCUGAAAAGGCGCAUUACAAGAAACCCAGCGCAGACGCCAAUCUUACAAAGGAUCCAUUCAAGACAUUGUUUGUGGGCCGACUGGGAACAGAGACAAUAGAGAGCGCUCUCGAGCGUGCCUUUGAGCGGUUUGGCAAGAUUCUUAGUGUGCGUAUUGUUCGACAUGUUGUGACUGGCAAGUCACGCGGCUAUGGAUUUGUCGAGUAUGAUCGCGAGAGGGACUGCAUGGAAGCGUACAAACGAAUGAAUAAAAGCCUCAUUGAUGGGCAUGCCAUUUUGGUGGAUUACGAACGAGCGCGAGUCAUGGAAGGAUGGACACCGCGACGGCUAGGAGGCGGGUUUGGAGGGCGCAAGGAGUCGGGGCAACUGCGAUUUGGAGCACGGGAUAGACCGUUCAAGCCGCCAAUAUAUGGACAUAGGGGAGAGCAUCAAGCCGUGCCGGACAUUGCGUUUGAUCAACGAUAUGAUGAUUGUUGGCGGGAACAUGCCCGCCGGGCAGCAACAGCUGGCAAUCAAGAGGCGUCCACCAAGGAACCAUUGAGGAGAUCAAAGAGUGGCGAUCAUGUUUCUCAACACCGGGCAAGUUACCGUCAAAAUGCUGCAUAUCAACCUUCCAGUAUGGAAGCUGCUGCUGCGGCAAGUCGACAUGGCGCGGAAGAGGGAACAUCUCGGGCGAGACACAAAAGCCAUCAUGAGAAUUAUGAUCGUCAAAUCUCGCGGUCAGGCGAUGCUCGACAUUAUCGGUCGCCAGCACCCAGAUCGCAAAGAGACCAUCCUGGGGACAGACAGAGGCGCUCCUACUCUAGGCAUGACUCUCGUAGUCCUGAUCACAGAUCCUCUAGAGACAGAUCAUCAUCAUCCCAGCGCCGGGACAGGGCGUUUUCUCGACGAGAACCGAGAUAGUUUCCUCUUGUCGUCAUGAUGAACCGAAAGAUUUAUUUCCAAUGCGACCGACCUUGUACAUACGUGCUGGAACAUUGGUAAUGGACUGCAACGCAUCCAUUCCUCUUCAUAGUUGCGGGACCGAUAUGUCAUUUAUCACUUUCCCAUGUGUACAAGUGUCCUAUCUACAGUACCACCCCGCUCUGCCCUAUAUGUUCUUAUCAAAUCUCGGACGUGCUCUUUCACAGCUCGAUCACGCUCUUCCACAUAUGCGUCCAGUUGAAUGUACCGCUUGUCCUCCUACAAUGUAAUGAAAUGAAUACCUCCAUAACAGUCCGUUUGGCCACAAAGCUCAACCUACCAUCAAAACCUUCAUAAUCUCCUCCAGACUGAUGUGACCCCAUUCAUCCCCUUCCUUUGGUUCACCUUCGCCCUUCUCCAACGAUUUUGCUCGAGUUUCAACAACCGCCUGCUUAACGUGGAACUUUACAAAAUUGUUUUCGCGUAAGAGUUCUAAAAGAUCGCUUUGAGCCUUUUCCUUUCGUUCGGCUUGAAACCUUUCAAACGUUCGCUUUACGACGUCUUCAAGUUCAUCAAGAUCGUCGGAAGACGCCAAUUUGCGCGCACGUGGAUCCUGCAAUAUCCAGCCGCGAACCUGGUCCCAUGUGGUAGUCAGAUCAGUGGUAUCUUUCAAGGCCGAAUGGAAGGCGGCUAGCCGUUUCUCUUGUAGACGCGCCAAAUGAUCGGAAAACAAACGUUCUUUCUGCAUGUCGUCAAGAGCGCGACAUCUAUCCCAACGUGAAUCACGCUCCAAGGAUGAACGUGCAUCUCUCCACUUUGCAUCGGCGUUACGCACAAAAUCAACUAGAAUGGUCUGGAACAAAGUUGUCGCAUCUUCUUUUUGAAGGGAUUCCCUAUGCAUGUUCCUUUCUCUAUUCAACCGACUUUGUUCCCGGCGCACUUGCGCUUCACGCUCACGAAGACUUGCUUCCUCCCUCGCCUUUCUGUCCCGUUCCUUUCUCUCUUUCUCCAGCCGCCUUUGAUGUUCCUCAUCCUCUUCUGUCAGUUUUCGGAUAUAUUCUCGGAAAAUCUCCUCACGCUCUCCAGAUGAUCGCACAGCUUGAUACCGGCGAUCAUCUUCAAUCAGCCGUUUGAUCCUUCUCCAGCUUGCGUCGACGUCGACCUCUUUCGUCUCUCUCAACAGCUGAAUAAAGCCGUCCUUCGCAGCGCGGGUUUCCGAUCGUUUGCGUUCUAGCUCAUUUCCUUUCAACGCCGCAAUAUGUGCUUUGAAAAGGGGUUCACGUUCUUUGGCAUCAAACCGCGCAAAUCGCUCGUCUCGUUUGAACUUGCGGCUAAAGUCGUCCCAGCGUGUGCGAUAAGUGACUUCGUCUUUCAAAAGCGACAAGUACGCCUCUUUCGUAUCCUGCAUAAUGCCCCAAGCGAGUUUAUUAUAUACCCGGGAUCACAUAUUCGAUCGUUUCAACUGCUACCUUCACUUUGUGCUUCUUCUCUUCGCGGAGUUCUACUACCCGAACUUUGCAGUACUGCUCGAAAACUUGUUUUCUUUCUUUCAGGGUGCCAAUCACUACCAUGCGAUUUGAAUGAAUCAAUGGCAGGCUGAAUAAUUAAAAGUACAGCAGGAUACCUACAUGUAUAUCGUCUAUCAUGAAUGAUUUUAGGAAGUUCCUUUUCCCAAGUUGAAUACGGCGAUACGUCCAUUUCGCGCAACAGUUUUGUAAACUCUUCAUUCUUUUGUUCCUGUGUCAAAGCUUCUGCUUUAAUUUCAUCUCCAGAAGGCUCUGGAGCCUCAUCC